AAAGAGACAAAAUAUUGGAUAAAAAUAUUGUAUUACGAUGACGAAGGAAGAUCUAAUCGACGGCGAUGUCGGUGUAGAACGCGAAUAUUUGCCUUCAGAGGGUCAAUUGACUUUGUUAUGUCUCGAUUAUUUGCGAGACCUGAGGCGGACAUACAUCGAUCCGCAGGACUUGCUCGACUCUGAGGGGCUACACGCAGAUUGGUUGACCCUAGCAAUCUACGCGCUGAAUCGAUCCUUUUCGAUGCAAGGACCACUAAAAAUUCCCCGCGGAAAGAGCAAGGAUGAGUUAUCUGUGAAUUACAAUCAAGUUACGAUGCCAGUCUUCAAUGACUCCUGGAUGGAUUCUCACCGUGUCUUGACGGAUGCAUCGCCUACGGAACAGGAGGAAAUGAUGAAUCCAACUAGCUCACCGCAAGAUUUCUCAAGUCUACCAACUCUAAAUGAAAUGACAAGGCAAAUCUUGAUAAGCAAGAGUCCAGGCGAACAACAGGGUGAGGAAGAAGAGAAGAAAAGUGAAGAGUACCUAGACUCAUAUGCUAAAUACGUUUAUGAUGAUGCACACCCUUCAAAUGCCAACCGUUUCUACUUGCUGGAUGGUUUGGCAGGUAGUUCGAAUGGUCGCGGGCCAUUAUUGUUAGGAGAAGUUGCGGCCGCAGGAUUGAGUCAACUAAGAGGAAGGGCGAGGCUUGUCGCCGAAGACGAAAUGGUCAAAACCGAACUCUUCGAGCAAUUUGUAUGGGCUGUAGAAGGGAAAGGGUUUUUCCAAGAUCCUGAACACGAAACGCCACGUGAUGAUCCACAGCAGGAAGAGGAGCGCGUGGUAUUGCAAAAGGCAGUUUAUGACGAGAGAAUGGGCAAGGUCGUGAGCAAGUUCAGAAGCAAGCUUGCAUCAAAAAUAGAAAUCGCGAACGCAGAAGAUCCAAAUCAAGAGGUAAAAACCAUAAGUGAGAUGACAUGCCUCGCUGACUAUCAUCAUAAUAGACGCAUGAAAAGAGUUAUUCUAGCACGUAAACAAAAACCUGAUGAAAGUCAACGAGUGGCGCCAAGUCCAAAACCCCCAGCUUCAUCUAUGCCGCCAACUGCCGAACGAGAAGAACCCAGCGUUGCCGAGGCCAAAUCUCGAGCUCAGGCUGAAAGGUUAAAAUCCAAGGGAAAUACUUACAUGCAAAAGAAGAAAUAUGAUGAUGCAUUGGAAUGUUACACUGAAGCUUUGCGACUAAGUCCCAGUGGACCCCAGAGUCACGUCUAUUUUUCUAACCGAGCAGCAGCUUUGCUAAGUAUGAAAAAGUUUGACAAGGCUAUUCUGGACAGCGAGCGGGCCAUAGCCUUAGCACCAUCAUAUGGAAAAGCACAUGCCCGACUGGGGUUGGCGCAUUUUUUGUUGGGUGACUAUAGACCUGCUAUGGAAGCCUACACAGUUGCCCUAAAAUACGAACCAGAGAACAAAUCCAGCAAAUCGUAUUUGGAGAAAGCAGCUAAAAAGUUAGCUGCCAUGGGUCAACCAGACGUGCCUGAACCCGGAGCGACAUUGAGCUAUUCUGGUGUAACUGAGUGGGAGAAGUCCAAUGGUAAGAUAGAAAAGGAAAUCGGAAAAACUAGUAGUACCCGAAGGGGUCAGAGUGGAAAACAGAAUCGGAAACCAGAUUUGAAUGGAAUGUCCGUCGAGGCAGCUGAGAAACACAAGAACUUGGGAAAUGUUCAGAUGGCAAAGCGCGAUUACAAGGCGGCUUCGGAAUCCUACUCUACAGCUAUUGAAUUAUCCCCCGAUGGUCCACAAUCACACGUAUACUAUUCAAAUCGAGCAGCAGCUUUGUGCUAUCUCGAUCGUUACGAAGAGGCUGUUCGAGAUUCGGAGGUGGCGAUUAAUCUGAAACCAACCUACGGAAAGGCUUAUGCCCGACUGGGUCUUUCGAAGUUCUUCAUGAGUGAUUAUGCGGCAUCUAUUGAGGCGUACGAGACUGCUCUCAAGUACGACCCAGACAAUGCUGCAAGCAAAUCGUAUUUGGCUAAAGCUCGGAUCAAGUUGGAACGACAACAAAAGGAAGACGAUCUUUCUUCUUUCAAUGUCUCCGAUGAAGCACGUCGAUUGAUGGCAGAUGACGAUAUGAUGAAAAUGGCGAAGAAAAUGUUGAAAAAUGGAAACCAAGGUUCUAGCCAAACGGACAUGUUAAAUGAUCCCGAAAUGAAGCAAUUUGCAAAGAAAGCCACUAAGGAUCCGACGAUGAUGGAAGCAUUCAGAAAUAUGCAUACCGUCAACGCGAGAGAUUUCUAGCCGAAUCAAAGUAAUAUUUUCGUGACGGCCCAAACCUGCGAUAUUUAUUUUCUAUCUCUUGAAUUCUGAUGCAGUGUAAAUUUGGAGAAUUGUCUAUCGUAUCAUUCUUGAUUCCACACGGACUGUAAACAAAAUACUCAUAUACUAAUAAAUGUUAACAUACUUC